AUGCUGAUGAUAAGCUUGCUAGGCCUUGGCUGCCUGCUUAUCGUUAUCAGCAAACAACGCCGUUCAAUAUCAAUGCUGCGAAAACGAUCGCCAGUGCAACCACCAACUCAUGCCACCGCUUAUUUGUUCGCAGAACAACUAACAAAAUCGGACAAGAAAGCUGAUGACAGAUACAGCAUACCGUGGGAUCAAAAGUGCAGCUUACAUCCGUGCUGGAUGUUCAACGGGAAUGCACGUGGU